CAUACAGCAGGUAAACUCCUCUCUCUUCAACCAGGAGGUCCUACUCUCCUCAGCUAGGCCACAGCAUGAAUGACGAUACCGGUGUGGAUCUGAGCUUUGGCUUGGAGGAUGUUCCUGUUUUAUGUAAAUCUCUGACAUCGCCGGCGUUUAAGUACUCCUCAGAUAACAUUCAGGGACCAGGAUGCUCCAUUGACCCGGCUGAAGUAACCCUUCCAGGAUGCUACUGUCACUCCCCUUCCUGCCACGCUGAGAGCUGCUGCUGCCUCCAGACAUACGGUCAGGCCUACGAGAGCAAUGGCAGGCUGCUGCACCUCAACAGAACUGAUUCCGGUUACUCUUCCCCGGUCUUUGAAUGCAACGCCCUCUGUACCUGCGGCGACUCCUGCUCUAAUCGUGUGGUGCAGAGGGGGCUUCAACUCAGGCUGGAGGUCUUCCACACCGAGAGCAAAGGUUGGGGAGUUAGAACAUUGGAGGAAAUCCCACGCGGGACAUUUGUGUGCGAGUACGCGGGGGAGGUGAUCGGUUUGGCGGAGGCCAAACGGAGACAGCUCAACCAGAGAGCUGAUGAGAACAAUUACAUCAUCGCCGUCAGGGAGCACGCAGGAACGGACUCAAUUGCUGAGACAUUUGUGGACCCCGCUCUGGUGGGAAACGUGGGCCGCUUUCUUAACCACUCCUGUGCACCAAACCUGUUCAUGCUGCCGGUGCGUGUUCACUCUGUGAUCCCACGGCUGGCGCUGUUCGCAGCACGGGACAUUAAUGCCCAGGAGGAACUGACGUUUGACUACUCGGGAAGAUUCGGCACCCAACAUUCUUCAGAGGGACUCUCCACAGACGGACUUCAGAGGAAACUGUGCUACUGUGGUACCAUGAACUGCACACGCCUCCUUCCGCUCGAUUUAUCUAUUCUCAGCUGAAAUCAGCUUGUCUUUAAUGUAACUGUGAAACUCAUAAUGGACCAAGGGAUGUGUUGGUGCUUUAUGAGUUCCCCUGAACCCUCGGUCAGUUCAACGGCUCAUUAAGAUGAGACUGUGGAACACAUCGGCAGUUUCAUGAGCAGAAUGAGUUGGAUGAGUCAUGACUGUGCACGUCAUUGUUUCCUGUUUGGUUCCCUGCGCAUCUCCUGAUUUUCCCCCCCUGUCUUAAUGCUGCCUCCCACUCACUGUCAAAAGAUGCAGUAGAUUACAAGAAUUAAAAGACUUAAUUUAUCUAUGGGAGCAAACUUGUCGUUUCAUUGGAAGAACUCUUUUCACCUGUUGUGGGCUUGUUAUGCUCCUGUUCAGACUUGUAGCGUCGAAGCUGUCGUUUUCUUUUCUUUUUUUUUUACACCACAACGACUGAUGUUUUGAGGGUUUUCUAUAUAUAGGACUGCAAAAGAAAACUCUAAAAAAAAAAAAACAAUAAUUCCUAAUUUUAUUAAUAGCAAGUUAAAGCAUCAUUUGUUAGACAUAACUUUCCUUUUUUUUUUUCUCCCAUCUGCUUCUUAUGGUGCUCAUACCUCACGAGAGGUGGGACCGUUUUAAAAGGACCAGGGGGUAUAAGUUUAUAUAGAAACUGCCUUUAUUCCCCUGGUGGAGGAGGGGCGAAGAUGUCCUACUUCAGUGUUAACGUGAGCAUUCUGAAAUCAGGACCAUCUCAUCGCGAUCUGCCCCAUUUCUAGUCUAGAUCUGCUUUCAUUUUAUUAAUAUAGACAUUUGGGUUAAUGAGGAUGGAGACCAUGUUUCAUCCUGAAAUGGGACCAGUGCUGCAGUCACAUUGGGUGGGUGUUUAGAACAAAGUGAAGACAUUGAAAACCUGUCCAACAGAGCGAGGUAGCCAGGAGACUGGAUUCUGUGUCAGCCAGCAGCGAAACAAUAGUCGUUUUGACCUAUAGUAUUCUCCCUCUUAUUUAUUUUUAUUUUUUUACUUUUUCUAGUAACUUUAAAUGUAAAAAAAAAUUACUAAACAAGACUACAGUGGUAUAAAAAUAUAUAUUUGCCUCCUUUUAGAUUUCUUCUGUUUUUGCUUCUUAGUCACACUCAAAUAUUUUAGGCUAUCAAAGC